CUACUUGGUGCAUGAACGCCCUGCCAGUAAGGGCAACUUCUCACCAAUAAACAUCAUGAUCUCACCUGUCGCCCUUUCACCCCCGAACCCAAAUUUUCUCACCGGGAGUCAGGCUUCAUGGAGGCCUGAUUCGUAACACCCGCUGUUGCAUUGCUUAUCAAACUCGAUUGUUAGAUAUCCUCCACCAAUAUAGACGCCUUCGCCCAGAUCUCGCCCAAUCCUCCACUACAACAUCUCUCACUCGUCAUCUUCUCUCCGCUCUCUCAGCAAUUCUUGCCAGCUCAUCAACAUCUCACCUCCAGCCUUGCAUCUUCGCCCCGUAAAUAUCUCCCGCGCAUCUCGGAAUUCUCCAACGAGACUUGCAUCAACGAUGACAAACCAGAAGAAGCAUGGCUCGAAGAAAGAGCCUAUUAAGUAUAUCGAUGUGUGUGAGGAAUGUUAUAGGAUGGAGAAGAAGAUAGACCAUAUUGAGGCUCGAGGCUCGAAGUUCUGCCCAAGACACCAAUGUCCAGUGACCGGAGCUUCGGGAAUCAAAUGUUCCAUCAAGAAGAAGUCUCCAGAUGAACGAUGCUCUUUUCACUUCGUCCCCGUCUGCAACGUUGCAGCAUGCAAAAGCCAAGCCUUCGAUAACACUCCUCACUGCGAAGCUCACUCAUGUUCCACUCGAGGUUGCAAAAAGCCAGCCAAGCCCGGCGAAGGAUGGGAUUACUGUAAUGAUCACAAGUGUUCGGACCCAGACUGCCAACUGCCUCGAAAACGUAUCCUAGAAAAGGGAGCGUUGGUGCGGCAACCUUUCUGUCGGAAGCAUGAGUGUCAGACCAAAUCAUGCACAGCACGGAAGGCAGUAGAGAAGAGUUAUUGUGCCUCACAUUGCUGCACAAUCGAAAGCUGUCCCGAUGAGCGCCAAGGGGAACCUCUCGGCUCACUCUGCUUAGAGCAUUACAACGAAAAGAUCGGCAAUGACGCUGUAAAGAUUGCCGAGAAAGCCGCCAAAGAAAAGGCCGAAAAAGAAAAGGAAAAAGAAAAAGAGAAAUCCGAGAAGGAAAGCAAGAAAGCAGCCGAAAAACGACGCAAGAAAGAGGAGGAGGAAAUUCUCUCGGAGCAAGAUCGACGCAGAAGACGCUUUGAGAAGUCUCCAAGUGGGAGCAGUGGGACGAGUUAUCAUGACUCGUCUCCGCCUCGCUCGAGAGGAAGUGAUAGGCCGAGAGUAACAAGGGAGAAGAAGUAUUAUUUUGAGGAGGAUGAUUGGGAGGAUGAUGAGGCGUAUCGAAGUGGGAGUUCUAUUGGACCUGGAGAGAGGUAUGCGGGGUUUGCGAGGAGGAGGGCGAGUGCGAGUGGCUUGAGGGAUGAGUAUUUCCGUACUGCUUAUGGGAGGGGAGCCCAUAAGCCGGGUUGGUGAUAGGUCAGCCGUGGUGGGCAAGGGAAUGUUGUGAUUUGCAGGUUUGGGGCGAGGUGGGGUGGGGUUUUGUUUUGUAUGGGCGUCAAACGGUGUUUGCUAGGAUGGCGGAUUUCUCUUUGGGUUCGAGCAAAGUGCCGAGCCAAACCGUGAGCAUGU